AGUUACGGGGAUGGAGCUGCAGAGCUUGCAGGAGGCGGCGAUCCAAGUGGAGAUCCAGUGCCACCAGAACGGCGAGCUUAAGAAACAAAUCCGAGAAAAGCAAUUAAGGAUAGCAGCUCUAAAUGAAAACCAAGCAGUGGGCCCCUUCGCCACCAAAGCGCCCCUCAAAGUUCCUCAGGUCAGCUCCUUGCAGAGGUUGGCGGGACAAGGACCAGCAGUGCUACCUCAGGUUAGGCCAAAGACCGUGAUUCCUGACAGCCUGCCGGCACCCCCGUGCCGGGACCGUCCUUCCAAGCAGUCUCUGGUCUUCCAGAAGGCCACCGUCGUGAGCACCAAGAACCCCAGCCCAGCCCUCCCCACCGCCAACAACACGGUGGGCCAUGGCCAGCCCCCAGGCAGCCAGUCUCCACCCGGCACGGCCCCGCUGACCAGCCCCGGCGUGGCCUUGGCCAUCAUCUCUGCUGCCCCCAGCCGCACGGUCCCAGGGGCCCCCGGAGCCCCCGCUGGCCACGACGAUGAUGCCGCCCCGGGGCCGCCGCCUCUCCUCCUCAGGGCCGACAGCAAGGUCCUCCUCAUCCAGCCGCAAGUGCAGACCCAGCCCAAUGGCAGCAAGGUGGAGCCCAAGAAACCCUCAGAAGAGGCAGCUCAGGGAGUCCCGGCCACCAAGAGGAGCAAGGAGGAAAACCCAGAGAAAAUCGCCUUUAUGGUGGCACUGGGCUUGGUCACCACCGAACACCUGGAAGAGAUCCAGAGUAAGCGCCAUGAGCGGAAGCGAAGGAGCACGGCAAAUCCAGCCUACAGCGGGCUGCUGGACUCUGAGAGGAAGCGACUGGCCCCCAGCUACCUGAACAGCCCCUUGUUCCUGCCUGCCAGAGCCAAUGAGGAUCCCUGCUGGAAGAGCCAAGUCCCGCGUGACGAGCACUGCACUACCUGCAGGCGAGGAGCCAAUCUGCAGCCCUGUGGCACCUGCCCCCGGGCCUUCCACCUGCAGUGCCUGGACCCUCCGCUGAGAACCGCACCCAGGGGCCUGUGGGGUUGCCCAACCUGUCAGCAACAGGCAUUAAAGAAGGAAGAUGAGACGGAGCCCUGGACUGGGACUCUGGCCAUCGUUCACUCGUACGUCACCCACAAAUCAGCCAAAGAGGAGGAGAAGGAGCGCCUGGUGGGCAGGGGCGGCGAGCUGCAGAGCCAGCAGCGGCAGCUGGAAGAGCGGGCACGGCUGCUCGGCGGAGCCGUCCAGGCUGAUCCACAGCGACCACAUGAUCCAGCUCACCAUGACCACCACCACAGCCGCCGCCUCCUCGUCGUCGUCCUCCUCCUCCUCUGCCGUCACCUCAUCCUCCUCCUCAUUGCUGCCCGGACCCUGGAUCAAGACCCCGCCCGCCCCCAUGGCCCUGCACAAAGCCUUGCAGCCGCCGCAGGCCAGCAACUGACCCGGCCCCCUGCCCACGGGGGACGGAGCGCGGGGCCGAGUGACCGGCGGGAACUUCGGGUGGCCCCCGUCCUUGGCCUGGGCCUCGCAGCUGCUGCUGGUGGGGGCGGCAACGGUGCCCUGCCCUGUCUAGCUGCAGCACAUCACCUCCCCCUCACCAGGGAGCGUCUGCUGGCUUGCCCCAGCCUGAGCGUGGGGACCACCCAGAUGGGGGAGAGGUCUUGGCAGGGGUCCACUGCUCAAGGGCAGGUGCCGGAUCCCGAGACGGUAGAGCUCAUUGGCUGGCAGAGGUAGGCACGGGCCUGAGGGCAGUGUGGAGGGUGGAAGGGGUCGGGCAGGAAACAGCUACCUGGGGUCCCCUCCCCACCUGCCAAUCCAGUGGCCAUCAGCUGGUCUGCCCCCGCUUUUUGCCCAGCCAGCAGGCCCUCAUCCUAGGCACUCAAGGAGGAGCCCCACAGGAGUGUGGGGCUGCCGGGUCUCCCUAGGCCGGCACUGCCGCCAGUGGGCACGAGGCAGAGCAGGGCUUGGGGAUCCGGAGGGGUUUUCCUGCUGGCACCGGCGUCCAUCCAUCCACCCAUCCAUCCGUGCAACCUGGAGCAUUUGAACAAGGCUGACUCCGCCAGUGACCCCUUUCCGGCUGCACAGUUGGGCUCUGCCCCCCUGGGAGUUUGUGUACAGGGGGGAAGUGGGGUGGUGGGGAAGGAGCCAGCGGGUGGAGACUGUAGGUGGGGGAUUUUUACCAUUCGAUUUUGGGGUUGGGAACCCUUCUUUCUUAAAAAACAGCCAAUAGAUCUAGUCUGUUUGCUUUCCUUUUCUCGCCUCGCCAGUACAGACACUAUGCCAAAAAAGAACUUUACAUUUUUGUACUGCGUUUUUAUUGUGACGGGUGGAAUGUAGAGGGAGGGAGAGAGAGAGAGAAAGUGUGUGUGUGAGAGAGAGAGAGAGAGAGGGUGACCUCAGGCAGCGCAGACAGACCUCGGGUGGCAUGGACAGACCUCGGGCGGCCGAGAGUGGAUCAGGCCCAGUUCAGGGGAGGGAGAAUAUCCCAGGGUUUGGUGGACGGAGAAGCGGGACCAACCAGUCCACGUGCUCAGGCAUCAGCAGGUUGGCCUGGCCCAGGGAGGCCUCUCAGCUCCUCUUUCACAUCAGCAUCUCAGUACCAGCACUGCCGCCCAUCCCACCCCCAGCCAGGCCCCCGUGCUGCCCCCCUCCCCCGGCCGGCCCCGAGCUCCAACUCGCUCGGUGCCGGGGGGCCCCUCCACCCAUUCUCACAACUCCGGGAGAAACUGUGCAGAACUAGACAAAUCUAUUUUAAUACCCAAACGCUGGGUCAAACCAGAUUUUUAUAUUCUUUUACGGACGAACAAAGAACGGAGAAACACAAGGGAGCAGCUGGACCCCGGGCACCGGGCAGGCAUCCGAAUGGGGCCAGGGCCGCGGCUCCCCGGUCACCGGUCAGUCCCCGGGCACUGGCCAGGCAUCCGGACAGGGCCGGGGCAGCCGGUCAGAAGGCAGUGGGGAGCCGCGGUUGAGGCCGAGGGAAGUUCUUGGACUGUUGGAGGUGAUGGAGUAGGGGCCUGUCCAGGGGAUAGUGUGUGCAUAGGAACAAAAAGCAGUGUUUGUCUUAAAUAUGCCAAUGUAGUGUUCUUCUCGA